CAGGCCGACUCAGUGAGUAGCCUUAUUGAACCCGUCAGAAUCGGACAAAGCAACGUAUAUUUUUUUCACAUGAUGGUUUGUGUUCCAGCUCUCAACUUGUUCCUUUACAACUGUCUGGUGGUAUACAUAGCCAGGAAAGUCCAACGCAUUAUCAAUGUUCCAUCAACAAACGCAAGUUGGCCCCGAAUCCCCCUAAUCGGCAGAGUCUUUGGUCUUCAGCCAGGGGACCCCCCGAGUGAUGGGGUAGAGUUCCACGACGUCCUGUGGAACGUGAACCUGCACGUGAACUUCCUGCUUCUUCUGCCGGCCCUCUUCCAGAUCCGUAACUUUGGCAUGCUGGUGGCCCUGAUUCUCAUGUGGAAUUUUUAUGUUUACCAGCGCCUUCUCGACUUCUACCUGAAGCUUGUGUGCCACCUGUGGUGGAGCGAUCUCGGCUGGGCCUACUACGUGCCCCUGGUCUUUUUUGGGCUUGUUAUGAACACGCUGCACUUGACCUUGAUCGUCGGAACAAUGAAGUUGCAGACGAAGGGUCCAGAAGAUCCCCACGCCCAUUCCGAGUCCGAGAUUCAGUCGCUUUCUCUUGCUCAACAAGAAAUGGUGGGUUCAGUGGCGAUGGGCGAUGUCCCGGAACGUUAAGACUUGGGAAAAUCAAAAGCUGCACGCCGACGCUCAGGCUCAGUCGCCAUUAACUGGGUCGCCAUCCGUCAGGGGCUUAACCUUGCGGCAUCUACAAAUACUGGGUCGUUGGUUCAACUAAUAAAUAUGCCAGAAAACACCAGGCACACAGAUACCCGGCACGCACACACCCGCACACCACGACAUGUACAAAUGAAUCGCAGCUGAGGGCUGGCCGAGCUUCGGGAAAUAAAACCAUUAAAUAUUUGCGGUUAAA